AUGUCAUCUGAUGAAGACGAAGUGAUAAUGUUGUGGCAAAUUUUGAGAAAGAAAAGAAAAAGGAGACGAUAUUGGAUUCAUCCAGCGUUUGAAGCGUUGAGUAAACAUGGAGCCAGUAUAUGUGCUCAAGAAUUGAAAACGCAUCCCACACAGUUUCAAAACUGCUACCGAAUGAGUCCGAAUAUGCGAUCAGCCCACAGGAAAAACUUUUAAUCACAUUAAGGUAUUUGGCUACAGGAUGCACUUUCAAGGCGCUCACCCAUAUAUUUAUGAGAGGAGACACUACUAUAGGAUUGGUAGUAAAAGAAUGUACAAAGGCUAUAUGGAAUGUUCUUCAACCGCUAUAUAUGCCUGUUCCGACAGAAGCCAUUUGGGAAUCGACAGCGCAACGAUACUAUGAAUUAUGGGACCUUCCAAACUGCAUAGGCUCAAUCGAUGGGAAGCAUUGUCGAAUAAACAAAUUUUCCAAGACCGGAUCGCAUUAUUAUAAUUACAAAAGUUUUUUUUCGGUGGUUCUGAUGGCCUGCGCCAAUGCUGAUGGGAUAUUUUUAACAAUUGAUGUUGGGGAAGCAGGUAGAAUGAGUGACGGUGGCGUUUUUCGCUCUUCCACUCUUGGAAGAUUGCUAGACAAAGAAAAACUCCUUAUUCCGGAGGUAACACCAUUGCCAAAUGACGAACUCGAUUUUCCAUUUUACUUUGUGGGAGAUGAGGCGUUCCCUUUAAAAAAAAACCUAAUGCGACCAUAUCCACAAAGGCUUCUUGAUAAUGAAAAACGAAUAUUUAAUUAUAGACUAUCAAGAGGGCGAAAAAGUAUAGAAUGUGCAUUCGGAAUGCUAACUUCCAAAUUUGAAAUUUUUCAAAGGCCAAUAUUAUGUCAAGAAGAGUCAGCUAUUUCAAUAAUUAAAAGUGCCUGUGUUCUUCAUAACUUUAUAAAACUCAGAGAGGGUACGUUUUCAAUUCCACAGGUUGCAAAACAUAACCGCUUGUAUAGAAAUAUUCUUGCUCAUAAUUCAUCAACAAAUAAAAAAUCUCCUUCUGAAUUACGAGAUUACUUGAAAUCAUAUUUUUUGAGGCCAGAAAACGCCUUACAAUGGCAAGAUAACUAUAUUGUAUAAUUAAGAUCGUUUUGAAAAAAUAAAUGCUUGCAAAAUACUUACCAGAUAGUUUUAAUUCACUUCCAAUUGCACCCCAUGCUUUCUCCACAACAUCUCUUUUGCUAUGAUCCUGUCUUCGAUAAUCAUAAAUACAUUCGUAUUUCUCAACAACUUCUACAAACUUGAUGUUAAAUGCUGGAUCGUCUGACAUUUUGUAAACAAACUGCUUGAUGAACGAAACUUGUCAAAUUAUGAGCAAUAUAGUUGCUUAUCAACCAACAAGCCGUGUUGCUAGCAAUAUAUGUUGAUCUACAAAGGUGAUAACGAUAUCGUAUUGCGUCGGUGUGCGAGAUCAACAAAAAUCAA